CCAACAAGAAGCCAUUGGUGGCUAAACACGGGCGCGAAGCUGCGCCCUAAAAGACAAGGUCUCCCUCCCUGUCCCAAGCUGGCAAGCUCGGUUACUCCAAAGCUAGCGACCAUUUCUUGCAGCCAACGACCAAACUAAUGGAGGGGCUCAUCCCGUUCAUCUACAAGGCCAUCAAGGAGAGGAAGACCCGGAGCUACUCCAGGUGCAGCUCCACCGGCUCGGCCCGCGGGUUCGGCGCCGGCGGCGUGGAAGACGGCGACGUGUGGGAGCAGAAGCAGUGGAAGGAUGGUGGCGUGGGGAGGGACCAGAUGACGCACCGGCGUCACCGGUCGCUGGAGGAGCUCGCCGGCGAGGUGGGCGGGGCGGCGCCGGAGUGGCGCGCGGACGGCCGGAUGCGGAGGGGCAAGAGCUCCAGGAUCUUCUCCUGCAUCGGCGGCAUGUGA